AUGUUGCCGAACAGUCUAGAAUCAUUCCGUGACGAGAAAAGUAGUGCAGUGUUUGGUCGCCGUUAAGUAAUUUUUUGAGAAAAAAUCCAUACAAUAAAAACACAAUUAAAUUAUAUUUUCAAAAAGAUAGUUCUGCAGGAAAGGUGCAGUAGAGUCAAUAACAGAUCAGUUGAUAUUCUGGGAAAAAUUUGAACACUCCGUAUUUUAAAAAAAUGGCCAAAUGGGGCGAAGGAGAUCCUCGCUGGAUUGUCGAGGAACGACCCGAUGCCACGAAUGUUAACAACUGGCACUGGACGGAGAAAAAUGCCACACCAUGGUCCAAAGACAAGCUGAAAGCCCUGCUGCAGGAUUUCGUUAUUGCCGAUUCUGGCCAAGAGUGCCAAAUUGUAGAAAUCGAAAAAAUGGAAGGUGAAGCCACUGCCAAUAACCGGAAAGGGAAGCUGAUAUUCUUUUUCGAGUGGAACAUCGUCCUCAAAUGGAAAGGCACCAUUGACGACGAGGAUGUAACCGGGAAGGUCACCAUUCCGAAUCUUUCGGAGGAGAACGAUGUGGACGAGGUAGAACUGACAGUUUCCGUGGAUUCUUCGAACAAUGCUUCGGAAAAGCUGAAGAUGUUUAUGUACAACAUCGGACGAGACAAACUGCGGAAGCAACUCGAUACCUACAUCAAAGAGCUGAAGAAGGACUUUGCCAAAGGACUUAUCCUGCCGAAGAAGGGCUCGGAACAGGAUGGGGUCACCGUAGUGAAACCGGACAAGGAAACCGUCUACGCCAGUGGUUUCAACAAGCAAAAAAUAGAACUACAGACUGUGAUUAGCGAACCGAAGGAUGUUGGCUGCAAGCUGGACGUUAAAACGCUGGAAACCGUUGAGCGGUUUCAGUGUCAGGCCAAUGAGCUUUAUGAUGCGCUUACCCGAACGGACAUGGUGACCGCAUUUACGCGAGGUCACGUAAAGCUGGAUCUCUACAAGGGUGGAGAGUUUGUCCUUUUUGGGGGUAACGUGAGCGGAAAAUAUGACGAUAUUGUCCCAAACAAGAAAAUAGCUCAAACUUGGCGAUUGAAGCAGUGGCCUGUUGGGCAUUAUUCCAAUGUUGUAAUGGAGCUCGAACAAAAGGAGGAUCAUACCGAGCUGAAACUCAUCCAAACGCUGAUCCCUUCGGCUGAGUUCGAAGCGACGAGAGCCAACUGGACCCGUUACUAUUGGGAUAGUAUCCGAUCCGCGUUCGGUUUCGGCAGUUUUCUAUAUUAACACCGACAGUACCGGCCGGGGAUGACGCUGAUCAGAUUUAAGAUACAGAACCAACCAAUGUGGUCGAGCGAAGCUAUUCACGUAGAUUAUUUUUUGUCACACAACAAAAAAAACAACUGUUCUAUCUACCUUAAACAUAGCAUAAAAGUUAGCCUUUGAAUAAUUGGAAUAUAGAAUGUUCAAUAAGCGGAAAAA